CGUUGGUUGAAAAUCAGUUUAUUUUACCGGUAUUAAUGCAACUACCACUUUAUAAGUUGAUAAAUAAGCCGGGGUUUCUUUUCAUUUGGGGUACUACUGAUAAAAUCAAAGAAUUGACCACAUUACUCAACAGUGAUAAUUGGAAUAAGAAAUUUCGCCGACUGGAAGAGUUGGUAUUCAUCCCAAUUGAUGAACAGAGUCCGUUUUUCCCAGGAGUCGAUCAAACCGUGGAUCAAUCGAUCUUCACCAAGAAACAAUGGCAUUGCUGGAUGUGUAUUACUGGAACCGUAAGACGCGCUACAGAUAGUCAUUUGAUUCAUUGCAAUAUCGAUACUGAUUUGCAGAUUGAAUCACCUCAGGAAAUCAAAUCAAAUAACAAUGCGGUCCCCGAUGCCAUUUACAAAGUCACCGAGAAUUUUUCAAAUCUGAAUCGAAGAUUACAUAUCAUUCCAACCAAAACCGGUUAUAACUUACCAAUCAAAUUACGGCCUGGCUGGGUGAUCAUGAGUCCGGAUGUUUUAUUAGAUAAUUUUGAUCCACAAAGUUUUGAACAGGAAUUAUAUUCAAAGUCAAAUCUUGUAUACAAAAAAAUCAAUCUUGCUACUAAACAAAAAUCAGUUACCCAAUAUUUGGUUAGUCAAACAAACGAAAUAGAAGAGUUGAGACCUAAAAGUCCAGUCAUUGAAAACUGGCUGUUAAUAUCAAUUCUUAUUCUUUUGCUUAUUCUUUUGCUUAUUCUUUUACUUAUUACUUCUACUUAUUACUUCUACUUACUACUUAGUACUCGAAUUUAUACUGGAAAACUUUUCCCAGCAGAGCUCCGGGUAACCCAUGCUCGGGUCGUUGGUGCACGACCCAAAGGGAAACCUCCGUACAUCCAGUUUCCCAUUAGGGCUGCAAUCCACUGCUACUAUCGACGUCUGGCUAUCUAAAUCCAUACCCUGUCAGGCAACUCGCAACCUUCCGUUGUCAGAGCAUACGGAGUUACAGAGCUUACUGCCUGGCACAAUAACGAACCGUGAAUCAACUAGUUAAGUGAAUCUAUUCGGUAAUGCACUAGUCGUAGCAGUAGUAUUAUUUGU